GACUUUGACAGUUGUGCGUGAGAAAAGUCAAAAGAAAAAAGCAAAAAAAAUCUCACGACCAAAUCAGCCGUCAAAGCGCCACCCGAAAACGAGAAGAAUCCCCUUCUUCAGCGCGACUGUCAUCUAGAGUGUAACACCGAGACCCUCUUCGAUCUAGACACAGGAAUAAUGGCAUCAGCUGUUUCGAAGACUCCGAUGCUUCGUGCCGCUGCGGCCCGAGGAUUUGCCGCCCAGGCCCAGGCUGCAUCUGCUAGCCGAGGAUCCGCUGAAGUUCAGUGCAGCAACCUGCCGAACAAGAUGACUGUCGCUUCGGCCGAAUCCGGAGCUGCCGUGGCUCGGGUGUCUAUCGUCUAUCGUGCCGGAUCCCGUCACGAGUCUGCCGACAACUUGGGCGCUUCGCACGUUUUGCGCAACGCUGUCGGUUUGUCCACGAAGACCGCAACGACCUUCGGUAUCACGCGUAACUUGCAGCAGGUCGGAGCUUCGUUGACCGCCACUUCGGAUCGGGAGACCAUCACCUACACGGUUGCCGUCACCAAGGAUGAGCUGGAAACUGGGCUGAAGUUCUUGGAGGCCGCUGCCACCGGUCAGGUCUUCAAGCCUUGGGAGUUGGCUGAUUUGACCACCCGGAUCAAGGCGGACAUUGCCCGAGUUCCCACCGAAGUGGAAGCCGUCGAAUCGCUGCAUAAGGCUGCCUUCCACAGCGGUCUCGGAAACUCGGUCUACUGUCCAAACUACAAUGCUGGCAAGCAUUCGUCGGAAACCAUGCAGCAUUAUGUGGCCGCCAACUGCACCACUGGCCGUGCUGCCGUUGCUGGUGUUGGAGUUGACCACCAGCUUCUGGUUGGAUUUGCCCAAAGCUUGAACUUGGAAUCCGGUGGUAGCUCGGAGAACAAGGUCGAUAGCUUCAACAGCAGCGAAGUUCGUCACGAACGUGGAGGAAACCGUGCUGCCGUGGCCAUUGCCACUCACGCUCCCGGAUGGAACAGCAUGAACGAAUGCCUCGCUAACUAUGUCCUCCAAUGUGCUGCCGGAACUGGUCCGGUUACAAAGCGUGGUGCCAACAAUGGCAUCCUGACCAAACAGCUUGGAAGCGGCGUUGCGAGCAGUGCUCUGUACUCCAGCUACAGCGACAAUGGCCUGUUCGGAUUCGUCGUUGCUGGCGAUGCCAAGGAAGUUGGCCAAGCCGUCGAAGCCGGAGUCAAGGGUUUGCGGUCGCUGAACGUUUCGGACGCGGAUGUCGCCCGUGGAAAGGCCGGAGUCUACUCGUGGAUUGCCGAGUACAUGGAAAACCAUGGCACGUUGGCGUUCGAUCUGGGCGAACAGGCUGCCCUGCUCGGAAAGAUCUACAAGAAGGCCGACAUUCUUGCUGCCAUCGAGUCGGUUUCGACCAGCGAUGUGCAGGCGGCUGCUCGGAAAUUAGCUUCCGGAAAGCUGGCCGUCGGUGCUGUCGGUAACUUGAGCAGCGUGCCGUACCUUUGCAGCCUGAACUAAGGCGCUAGAAGGGUGUAACCGUCGGUGCGCAGGAAAGGUCUGUAGCUUGUAUCAUUAUUAUUCGUAAAUUAAAGGGAAAACCAAAAUAAAAUCGAAACGAUGUA